AUGAGUCGCAAGUUAAGUGGCCGCGGUCGACACAUAUCUUCACCAAGCUCGCUUGAUUUGAAUUUGUAUGCCUCUUACGGCGAAUAUACUCAACAGUACAUUGCUGAUCGACGACUAACACGUCAGAAAGAUUCCACGUCGUCUGCGAGCAGUGUAGCACUGGAAACAACUCAGAUACAAAUUAGUCUUAAAAAGCCAGAGCUCCGUCAUGGUGUGAGCAUCGACAAGCAACGCGGCACUUCGAACGAUGGCAAAACAAGUCGAUCAUUUUCUUCGCUCUCAGAAGGACAUGCGCGCAAUUCCCGUGUUAUCAUUGUGCAUCCAGCUAAAAAAGUUAGCCUGUUUAAAUGUGCAGCAGUUUAA